AUGGCUAUGUUGCCGACACUCUGCUUCCUGUUGGUCAGCCUUGGUGUCGUCUGCUGCACCAGAUCCAAAUCCGAACAGCUGUUCCGUCUGCUCAAGCCUGAAGACACCUACGUGGAAACCUCCCUGGACUCGGGUCGUUCUUUUGACCCCCAGCCAGUUGGCACCCUGGAGGAAAACAGAAACCAUCCGUCAUCUAUCGAUGCCAGCCAACUUCUAGCUCAACUCGGUCGGAACUUCGACAAGAGAUACAUGUCCAUCACCGACCCCACUAGCACCGCAGCCAACCCCGGGGUUAUCAGUUUUGUUGACGGUAGACCUAAAGGUCCACGACCAACCUUUCUUAAACUAUUCCGAUCUGCCAGGCUUCAAGACGACACGAAGAUCCAUCUCAAUCUCGGCAACAGCGCUAGGAGUAAAGUCCAGAACUACAUGUGGUCGCUCACCUACUGCCCAGUCGUUCACACCUGGGUGAAUCUAGGAGCAUCUUUCUGGCCCCAGUGGAUUAAGAAGACAAGCUGCACGACGAAAAGAUCCUGCUCGGUCCCCGCGGGGAUGACCUGCCAGCCCAGCACCAACACCUGGAAGUUUAUACUCAGAUGGUCCUGUCAAGAUCACGUCAACAGCACUGGCUGCAAGUGGAUACCUCAUCCAUAUAAAGUCAUCACAGCUUGUUCAUGCAAGUGUUAA